AUCCAGCAUACCAACAAUAGCGGAACAGUCACUCGAAACAUCACCAUGACUUACACCAGGCUUCUCACACCCCGCAGCAUGGCGGUGCUGUCUAUCAUCUCCUUGGGAGGCGGCUACUUCACUCUCAAGUCACGUACGCUUGCAGAGAAACAGAGAGUUCGCAGCAAUGGUGACUUUGCGGUCUCCGUUGACCGAUCCGGUGGUGGUAUUUGAGUACAGAACACACUUUGUUACAUCUCGAUAGCAGAGGCCCUGCUGUCUGGCGUUUCUUUUUCGGUGGCGUACACAAUCUCGGCUUAUUUCGUUUCCUUAUCAAAGUUAUGCCUGCAGCAUCGUAUAUUGUCCCGACGCGUGCAGGCGACUCGAAUAGCGGUAUUUUGUAGCAAUAAAUUCGAUCUUCGUUAACAGAACACGACACUGAAGCUAUUACUUGCUGAGAGACCUGUGCUUGAUGUCACGUGAGUGUCUGGUACGACAAAAGGCCUC